AUUAUGGCCUUCAGUGGAAAAUUUGAAAUUGAGAGUGAGAAGAAUUAUGAUGAGUUCAUGAAGCGCCUAGGUCUUCCAGCAGACGUGAUUGAAAAAGGACGCAACUUCAAGAUCAUCACAGAGAUCCAGCAGGAUGGACAGGACUUCACCUGGUCCCAGUCUUACUCUGGAGGCAACAUUAUGACCAACAAGUUCACCAUUGGCAAAGAAUCUGAAAUUCAUACCAUGGCGGGCAAGAAGUUCAAGGCUACUGUGAAGAUGGAGGAUGGGAAGGUGGUGGCAAACUUCCCCAACUAUCACCAGACCUGUGAGAUUGUGGGUGACAAGUUGGUGGAGGUGCCCCCACAUAUGAAGAGAAUAAAAGUCUCUUCUGCUCUGGGUGAACACUGGCCCAUUGGAAGAUCUGAUGAAAGCUUUGAAUGA